AUUUCAGGAAACCUUACUGUGCCUUGGAUUACAGGGUGUUCUAGAAAAAGAGCACUACAAGACCGCACUCAGUUCAGUGACCGAGAUUUAGCCACCCUUAAGAAGUACUGGGACAAUGGCAUGACCAGCCUUGGUUCUGUGUGUAGAGAGAAAAUUGAAGCAGUUGCAACUGAAUUGAAUGUUGACUGUGAAAUCGUUCGGACUUGGAUUGGGAAUCGAAGAAGGAAAUAUCGUUUAAUGGGGAUUGAAGUUCCACCUCCAAGAGGAGGCCCUGCUGAUUUUUCUGAGCAUCCUGAAUCUGGUUCUUUGUCUGCACUCACACCAGGAGAGGAAGCUGGUCCAGAAAUAGGAGAGGAUAAUGACAGAAAUGAUGAAGUAUCCAUCUGUUUGUCUGAAGGAAGCUCUCAAGAAGAGUCCAAUGAAGUUCCAAAUGAGGCAAGGGUUCAUAAGGAGGAGGGCCACCAUGGUGUAUCCACAGAUAAUGUGAAAAUAGAAAUUAUUGAUGAUGAAGAAAGUGACAUGAUAAGUAAUUCUGAAGUUGAACAAGUGAAUUCUCUCUUGGAUUAUAAGAAUGAAGAAGUCAGAUUCAUUGAAAAUGAGCUAGAGAUUCAAAAGCAAAAAUACUUUAAGCUUCAGACAUUUGUUAGAAGUUUGAUACUAGCUAUGAAAGCUGAUGAUAAGGAACAACAGCAGGCACUGCUGUCAGAUUUACCUCCUGAAUUAGAAGAGAUGGAUUUCAACCAUGUCUCACCGGAGCCUGAUAAUACCUCAUUCAGUGUGUCUUCUUUAUCAGAGAAAAAUGCCUCAGACAGUUUGUGAUU